AUGUCUGUAAAUUUACGAAAAUUUGAUGGAGAGGUUAUCUUCUACAAUCCCGAGGGUAUCAAAACUGCAGCCCAGUGGUCAAAAGACCGUAUUGACUUCUCUUCUGUAGUGGUUUCCACCGACCAAGAAGAGUUGGACCACACAACCGUGCAACCAGGUGUCAACUACUCGGUUUAUCUAACGGCCGAUGAACUGGAUGCAAACAAUACAAAAAUCCGGUGCCACAAUAAAUACCUGGGAGUUGUGUUGUUUUCAGAUCCUGAGGAGCGAAAAAAGGUCAACGGAACAAAUAAAAGAAAGCCGACACAGAAUGGAGAUGGAGAAGCAAAAAACAAAAAGAUGGCGAGAAAUGGACGAGAGAAGGGGAAGGCAGAGGAAGAAGGAUUUUUGGAAGAGGUGCCACAAUCAUCGUCGGCAAACAGAAGAUCAUUUGAAUUCGACGACUUCGAAUGUUGUGAUAAGGAGCCGUUCUAUCGGCUUGAUAACUUUUCGUGCGCAGCGGAUUCAACCAACUGCCGGGUGAACGAAGGAGACACGUAUUUCGCACUGAAGGAAAACGGAGAAAUAAAAAGAGAAUGGCUCUGCAAGAAGCAUUUUGAUGAAAUGAGGAGCAAAGGAGAAGUAGGAAGCUCAGGAAACAAUCGGCGAGUAUGGUUGGAGCAUCUACACGAUCAUAGAGAGUACGAAUUGAAAAAAAUGUGCUCUCUUUGUUCAACAUGGAAGCAUGUUGUGUGCGAAAACUUUUGCCUCGAUGAAGAUACGAAGAGCUUCGUUUGCCAGAGUUGCGACCCACUGCCCAGAAAGAUGAUUUCUGCAGCAACAGCUCUCCAUGAGACUUAUCUGUCGAAACACAUGGAGAAAUACUGUAAGAGACUUUUUGAUGAAUUGCGAUGCAGCUCAACAACUUCCAUUCGUCUCAUUGCUUCUGGGGAAUCUGAUUCCAUCGUUCCUGAAGGACCACUAACGGACUGGUUUAACGAACUUAAAAUUGAUUUGAACCAUCCGUUUGUUUACAAACACAUCGGUGUCUUUCAACAGUCGACUGGCCCUGAAAAGGAAGACAUGUUCAUGUUCUCUAUGAUGGUCAGAGAAUACGUAAAUGAUGGUCCAAAGAAAGGUACCACAUUUCUCUAUUAUCUCGACACCAAUCAAAGAUGCUCCCCGUCUCAAUUCAGAAGCAAGAUUUACCAGAAACUGCUUGCUUCUUACUGGGAUUAUGCAAGAUCCAUUGGUUUCUGGAAGUGUUUCGUAUACAUGAGCGCACCACGAAAGGGAGACGAUUAUUUGUUCUCUGGACAUCCAGCAAAUCAGAAUUAUUUAACCGACGACCAUCUCUACGAGUGGUAUCAAAAAGCAGUUGAGUCAGCGAGAAGAGAAGGGACGACUAUCUACCAGCCAAAGAAGAUAUGCGUCGAGGAGAAUGAAACAGUGGCUCAUUUGGCGGAUCGUCUGUUCUAUGAGAACGGACUUUGGCCCGAUAUGUUGAAGGUCUACUUGGAUGAAAGAGAGGAAGAAACUGGAGAAGAAGAUUUUAUAAAAUUCGUGGAAGGAAGAUCGGAAGUGUUCAAGAACAGUGUUUUCUUUGUCGAUUUUUACCCGGAGAAACCUCUCAAUAUUAUCAUUUUGGAUCGAGACCAGCUUUAUCCCAGCAAAAUUGCUGGUACCCGGGAAAGUUGGAUCGACCACCAGCUAGAACAACACCUCCAAUUUGAUACCGAGAGGAAAACAAAGUAUUCGACUCAAAUUCAACUACGUGCUCUCGUUAAGGAAAGAGAAGAAAACAAAAAUGGGGAGGUUGAUGAGAUGGAGGACGAUCGGACUUCACAUUUGCUCUUCUUCCUCAUCCUCAUGUCAUUCAAGUCUCCUACUGACUCCAACAGAGGUACAAAUGAGCAACAGACAGGUGAACUAUACGUUUGCCAACGAUCAACUAAUGACUAA